AUGUAAGUCUGAUUAAUCGCCUUUUUUUACUCACCCCAAAAAAAACAAAAAAAAAUUGUUUAGUGCUGUAAUUAGUUGUGUUAUCGGUUUUAUUUAUCUGCUGAGGAAGAGGGACAUGCCGGAAUCUGAGGGCGGAACUCCGACGGCGUCGGCGCCGGCGACUCCGGGCACGCCGACUCCGCUAUUCACCUCCCUCCGGGUGGAUUCGCUGUCUUACGAUCGGAAGUCGAUGCCCCGGUGCAAGUGCUUGCCUUUCGACGCCCCGACUUUUGGGACGCCUCACUCUUGUCUCCUCACCGACUUCCCCGCCCCGGACGUCUCCCUCUCCCGUAAGGAGCAUCGUGCGAUGAAUGGAGUGUGGGUUUUACACACCACCAAGGUAGAGAGAGAAUAGAGGAAUUUUACACAAGAAUACCACCGGGAAAAUCCAAGGGGUCUUGGUGAGUGCGGGUGAGUAUAGAGAGUAACUGGUUUUAGUUACUCGGAAAAAUACAUCCAGCCAUAGGAUGUGGAAAGAUCUGUUUAUGAGUGUCUGAAAUUUAGUCUUGUAAACAGGGGAGAGUUUUUUGUAUAUUGUCCUGAAAUAGUGGAAAUAUAAUUUUUUUCUCUCAUAUUUUCUUCUUGUGUUUGUUCUUGUUAAAUAUAUUCUUACUAUAUUU